AUGGUACAGAUUAUUUCUCUGUUAAACUCUAGUUCCCAGUUCUACCUGGAGGUGAAACCUAUGUUGUUGGACCCGGACGUGACAGCUCAGCACGACGCGUACAAGCACGCCUACGCGAACGUACUCUACUACUGGAAGCUGCACGAGCGACGCAUAGAGGUGCUCAACUUCGUCUCCUCGGCAACCGAGCAGCAUCGCGGAGUCGAGGUGCAGACGCUCUGCCAUCACUGUGGGGAGAAGAACGCUACGGGAGGACCGCAGUGCAGCCACUGCAAGCACUACGCGUUCCGAUGCUCAGUCUGCCACGUGUCCGUGAAAGGGCCGGCUAACUUCUGUCUGGCGUGCUACCACGGCGGCCACACCUACCACCUCAUGGACUGGUUCGCCGAGCAGGAGGUGUGUCCGACCGGCUGCGGAUGCCGCUGCCUCAAGGCCAGCACCAUGUUUGCCGACUACACCGCAUCUGCAGAACAUUGACCCGCGCGCGUGAGACACUGAGUGUGAGACACUGAGUGUGAGACACUGAGUGUGAGACA